AUGCAGCUGGCGGAGGCACAAGCCCGCGAGGCGCAGGCGCAAGCCGCGGCCGCUGCCGAGGUGGACCGCUUGCGGUCCAAGCUGGCCGCCCAAGGCGCCGCGCUCUCGGCCGCCACUGCCAAGUUUGAGGCACAGCUUGCAGCAGUGCAGAAGGAUGCAGAUGCUGCAGUGGAGGGUUACAAGGAUCGUUGGCGGCUGGAGCACGAGCGGAGACGCAAUCUGCACAACCAGAUUGUGGAGCUCAGGGGCAACAUCCGUAUCCUGGCGCGCAUCCGCCCCACCAGCAGCGCAGAGGCCGCGGAGCUCGUUGUUGCUGCCACGGCCAGCCCCAGCAAUGCAGCCGGCGAUCAGCGCACGACAGCGGCGGCAGUGCAGGCGUUGGAUGAGGAGCGGCUCGUGGUGAUGCCGUCCGGCGGGGGAGCAACAAGUGGUCCCAAGGAAUUCGAAUUUGAUAGAGUGUUUGGCCCUUCUGAUGGACAGCAGCAGGUGUUCGACGAGGUAUCGGCGCUGGUGGGCAGCGUGCUGGAUGGCUACAAUGUCUGCAUCAUGGCGUACGGGCAGACUGGCAGUGGCAAGACCUACACCAUGCAGGGGCCUCCAGAGGACCCCGGGGUGUACAGCCGGGCCCUGGCCAUGCUCUUCAGGGGGUCAGCUGGUUUGUCUGAGCAAGUUGCGUAUGAAUUUGGCGCAUCGGUACUGGAAAUUUACAACGAACAGCUCUUUGACCUGCUCAGCGGCACCAAGGACACCAGUGACCGGCUGGAUGUGAAGCAAGAUGCGGAUGGCGGCAUGUUCGUGCCGGGCCUCGUCACGGCCCCGGUCUGCUCGAUGGCUGACGUUUCGGCGCUGCUGGUGCGGGGCAGUGCCAACCGUUCUACUUUUGCCACCAACAUGAACGAGCACAGCAGCAGGAGCCACCUGGUGCUCACAGUGUACGCCACGUCUACAAACCUGGACACAU